AUCUCGCGUUUCGAGAGGGAGUACGCGCGCACUCCGUUCCACAGGUCAGUGACGACGACGACGUCGACGUCGAGUCGGCCCGGUUCUCCCCGUCUGGCCUGCGAGCGAACCCACCUUGGCCAAGCAUCACGAAUGGAGUCAUCGGGCGAGCCAUCCCUGUCGAUCCCCGUUUGAUCCCCAAUCCCCCUUCGGAAGAGGUGUAAGGUGAGGCCCGGCUGCACGAAAAUACGUGAGAGCAAUGGCGAACACGGCCCACCUGGUGCGCAGGCAGAGCUCGCGCGAUCUCAAACCCCAGAAGAGCGUCGACAAGCUCGAGAUGAAGGAGAUGCGAGGUAGACUCGUCGCCGAGAGCCGCAAGAGCAAUGUCACUGCCAACUACGGAGCCACCAACGCGGCCUUCGAGGACUCCAGUCCCAACACGAAGCAGCCCUCGGGCGGAUUGUUCGAUGUCCAGAGCAAGCCUGGCGAGCAGUUGUCGGCAGUCGUCGCCGGUGGCGGGGGUGUAGCAGGAGGCACCGGAGGCGUAGGAGGUGGAGGCAGUAAGCUCGGCAGCAACGAGGGCAAGGGAAUAUUCAAGCCGGAGGCCGGCGAGGACGAACGCGAGAACUGGGACAGCAAGCUGACCUUCCUGCUGGCCACCGUUGGAUACGCGGUCGGCCUGGGCAACGUCUGGAGAUUUCCAUAUCUCGCGCAGAAGAAUGGUGGAGGUGCAUUCUUGAUACCGUACUUUGUGAUGCUGGCGAUCGAGGGGAUUCCUAUAUUUUACCUUGAGCUCGCAAUUGGCCAGAGAUUGCGAAAGGGAGCGAUAGGCGUGUGGAAUCAGGUAUCCCCGUACAUGGCGGGAAUAGGUGUAAGCAGCGCUGUAGUAUCGUUCAACGUGGCUCUCUACUAUAAUACCAUUAUCGCCUGGUGCCUAUUCUACUUCGUUCAGAGCUUUCAGUCUGAGCUACCCUGGUCGGAGUGCCCUAACAAAUAUUUCCAGAACGGCUCUUACUCACCUGAACCAGAAUGUUUGCAAAGUAGCCCGACGCAAUAUUUCUGGUACCGCACGACUCUCAUGAUCUCGAAAGAUAUAAACACGCCGGACGUCUUCAAUUGGAAGAUAGCGCUGGCGCUGGUCAUCGCGUGGAUCCUCGUCUACAUGUGCAUGAUCAAAGGAAUCGCGUCGUCUGGAAAGGUCGUCUAUGUCACAGCUACUUUUCCGUACAUCGUUCUCAUCAUCUUCUUCUUUCGGGGCGUGACGUUGCCCGGGAUGUCAGAUGGUCUACGCCACCUCUUCACGCCUAAAUGGUACACUUUGACCGACCCGGUAGUCUGGUUAGAGGCGGGAACGCAGAUAUUCUUCUCGUUGGGUUUGGCAUUCGGAGGCCUGAUCGCUUUCUCGUCCUACAAUCCCGUCAACAACAACUGUUACCGUGACGCGAUCAUGGUCAGCCUGACGAACUGCUUCACCUCCAUGUUCGCCGGCAUCGUUGUUUUCUCCAUUAUAGGUUUCAAGGCGACGAUGGUGUACGAGCAGUGUCUCGCCGACCGCAACACGACGCUGAUUAGCAUAUUCGGUAGUCCCGGCAAGAUUCCCACUGAGCUGCCGGUCACUGGCGCGCUGCUCAACGUCACAAAUUUCAACGGGAGUCUCACCAACCUUCUCAUGCCUGAACUGCCGGAGUGUGAUCUCGAGAAGGAGCUCGACAACUCGGCAUCAGGUACAGGACUGGCCUUCAUAAUCUUCACCGAGGCGAUCAACCAGUUCCCAGGGGCGCAAUUCUGGUCGGUCCUCUUCUUUCUGAUGCUGUUCACGCUGGGCAUAGACUCACAGUUCGGUACCCUCGAGGGUGUCGUCACCAGCAUCGUCGACAUGAAGCUCUUUCCCAACCUUCGCAAGGAAAUACUCACUGGUAGCAUCUGCCUGCUCUGCUGCAUAAUAUCAAUGGCGUUCGCUCACGGGGCCGGAAGUUACGUCUUCGUUCUGUUCGACAACUUCAGCGGCAACUUCCCGCUACUCAUCAUCGCCUUCUUCGAAUGCAUCGGAGUGUCUUACGUGUACGGAAUCAAAAGGUUCGCCGACGACAUUGAGCUGAUGACGGGCAGCCGUCCAGGACUGUACUGGCUGAUCUGCUGGAAGUACUUGAGUCCUCUGGCGAUGUUGAGCAUCCUGAUAGCCUCAUUCGUGGAGAUCGUCGUCGAAGGCAGCGGUUACCAAGCUUGGGUCGCCAGUAAGGGCGUCACCGAGAGGCAAGAGUGGCCCGCCUGGGCGCUUGUCCUCAUCGCCGUGCUCAUACUUGCCUCCAUCCUCUGGAUCCCUAUCGUGGCUAUUUGCAGAUACUUCAACAUUCUGAUAAUCGACGACAACGAGAAGGCCUGGUUCCCGGCAGCGGAUCUCAAGGAAUUCCACGGCAUAAUGCCGCACGAGGUAACAGUGGCCGAGACGCUACUGUUCUGCAUCAGGGCCGACGGGACCGAGGGCCUCUGCUGUCCCACCGGUGGUCCCAACGACGACGACGACGAGGACAUCGACCUCACUUAAACCUCCAGCGCUACCUAAACCAUAUCGGACGAGUCAUAUCUAUGCAUACUCGUGUACUCAUACGUAUCCAUACAGACACACAACACGCUAUGUUAGUUGAAAGGGGUAAAAGUGCAGCUAUACAUAAACAUAAUGUACGUGGCGUGGCCUAUUUCGAGGAUCACCUAAUAUCUCUAUUAUAUUAGGCCAACUAAAUUGUAUUCACUUUCGCAUUGAGUUGUAUAGUCCGUAACCACAUAUCCAACGACACACAUAUCCAAACCAAGGCUGUUUAACUGUUGAUUUCAAAGCAAAAGCCAUGUUAAUCACACUGCGGCAUCGUAAUACCCUCGAAGAAAAAAACAGACACCCAUAUCAAUAUAUUGUGUAUACCCCUUGCGAAUAACACAAAGGAUCCGAAUAAAUUUUUAGAAGAUCAGAUAUCCCUUUCGGUCGGCCCUCGCGUCGUAUAAAUAAUGGCAAAAUCUAUGUACGCACGCCCAGAGCAGGCGCAGGCGCCAGUCAAUUACAGUGCGUAUUUCGAAACACCGUGGGCACCCGUGUUUUCGUUAUCUCUGAUCUUGCUCUUGGAUACAUUUUGUACGGGGCGCCCUCGAGUUUCGGAACACGCUGAUAGAAGGAUCCCGCUCUCCUGCAGCGACGAGCAGUUUCGGUAUAUAUACAUAAUGUAAUGCGAAAGCGCUACGAGUAUAUAACUAUACACGGGGUCAUGUAUACCCGGAUCAGCGACUUUGCUGCAGUUAUAUAUUGUUGUUCGGAAUAUUUGGCCGAACGAGAGGUCGGCGGCUCUAUAUAUAAGUAAUAUGCAUUAUAUGCUGAUGAUGAUGAUUUUUUAUAUUUUACUUUGUAUAUCUGCGAGCUGUACUUUUCUUGUCGCAAAUACACACAGUUCACGACACGAAGAUCGAUAUAUAUAUACACACACACGUACGAGAUAUGGAAAAUUCGUAAAUCCGUUGUUAUUAUAAACUUAUAUAAUAUACGCGAUAAUCAUAUGUGAACGUACGUAGUAUCAUUGAUGCAUUUAAGAUACGAGGAUACUGUAUGCGACACUUCGCGAUAUAUCGACUUUUACUUGAUAUAUAUAUAUAUAUAUAUAUAUAUAUUACAUCAAUCACUUUGCAAAGUUGACAUGCUUCAGCUUACACGUCAUCAUGUUCGAUUUGGUAUGGAUUAUUUGUUUUACAUUAUUAUAUCGCUAAUUUUAAAUGUGUUCCGCUUCGUUAAAUAUUGAUACUAAUAUUCAAGUUGUAUUAAUUAAUUAUUUAAAAACGUCUGAUCAGCACGUCAACAUCGCAAAUAGAGCGUACAAUUUUUAGCCGUAGAAGCCGUCCAUAAUCGGACGAGACAAUACGCAUUGGUGUUUGUAAAUAAGAGAUCAGCAUUUGUCGGCAGAGAGAUACUUAAAGACACGACGAAGAAGAACAAUUAAGACAAAUAAAUAGCCGAUGCAUGACUUAUGCAUAUAUAAUGGAAGAAAGAAAAUACCAACAUGAGAACUGAUCGAUUAGUGCACCGCACCGUAUAUAGUCUAAUCACGCUGAAAGUAAAUAGAGGUAUAGCGAUGAGAUUUUAACGAGCGAGUAAUUGUUAUCGUCGAUUGCCCAAACAAUAGCCAAUUCGUGUUUCCCGAUCGACACGGUUUAUUUAUAACUAUAUGCAGUACUAUAAUAUAGGAAAGCGAAAAAGCGCUCACCAAGUCGAAUUGGGAAACAAGGGGGGGGGGCAUAAUAUCAGGUGCUAUAUACGUAUUAUAUAGGGACGAAAAUAUUGCACAAAUUUUCAGAAAAUCAUCUGAUUGAUCAUAAGAGCAAUACUUGAGUCCGUGCAAAAGUGUCGAUUCAAAAAGGGGAAACAUAAAUAAACAAAAGAGGACAAUAAAAUUAAUCCGUUAUACCGACAAUAAUUAAUAGAGAGGAAUGAGCUGAAAUAAGGAAGUGCACGAGGAAAAAUAGGGAAUGUCUAUAUGAGAUUAUAAGCAAAAAGACAAUAAUAUAUUUAACAAUGGCACUUCCGUGUUCCACGCGGCCGUGCCUAAAAAUCGUUGAGUCUUCAAUGGCGUUGUAUGAAUAUAAAUAUUCUCAGAGGCCUACUAUAAGACGCUGCAAAGUUGACGAAAUUGAAGAUCGAUGUGCUAUUGUGCGUGCGAGUGUGAUUGUGUGGGAGGAGCUUGGAACUUUAUGCAAAUCUUCUUUUUACAACAGAAUAUAUUGUUUAUUGCGCUAUAAACUGACGACGCUAUAAACGACUGCAAAAGAAUUCGACAUCACAUAAAAAUAAAAAAUAAAAAUUAUUAACAAGUGAUUGAUCUCGUAAUUUCUAUUCACUACAUUUUAUACGCUAUUAUAUUAUACUGUAUCGAUCGUUAUCAAAUUAUUCAUUUUAAUCAUUAUAAAAUUACGUACUUUGAAACGAUAACUCCAAGCUCCUAAAAGUCAAAAAAUAAUAUUUAAAUAAGUAUACCCGAAAUAAUAUUUCAUACGUGAUGGCCGGCUAUGAAUAUAUUGUUUCGGGUAGACAAUUAUAUAACGUUGAGAGACAAAAUAAUGGAAAAAGAAAUAAACGAGUGUGCUUUCUGCAUGCGCAGUAAAAAUAUAUUCCGGUAUGAUCAUAUCGACGAUUCAUGACUUUUUAACAAUACUGUUGAUAAUUAAUUAAAUGUUAUAUUAUACAUAAGCGAAACGCAACGUGAUGUUAUACACACCGUAUAAAUAAUGGAUGAAAGCACUGGCCAUUUUUAACGUACUUUACACUCAAAAUAUCAUAUGACAUAUAUAAUAGAAGAUUUCUAUUUUCUAUCUCUGAUAAUUAUGUGAUUUAUUUUAGUUCCUUCAUUAUAAUUUACUGUUUUAAGUAAAUUACAAUUGCAUUUAAAAUAAUGUGUGUGUGGUUGAAUUAUAAACUACCAUGCCAUACAAAUACCAGUGACGCAUAAUUUAAUUAUUAGAGAAAUCUAUAAUAGCAAGACAGUACAAGAAAAAUACAAAUUUGUGAAACCUAUAUAAAAAGUUAUAAAUCUUACGUAUUAUUUGUUAAAAAAAAAUAAGUAUUGUUUACGACAUAAUUAGUACAAAAAAAAGAAGUUAACUUGCUGUGAGUACAAUGUUGUUAUACCGAUAAAUCAUAUCAUUAUACCCUCGCAUAUCUCCUGUAAUAUCUUCAAUAUAUCUCAGUAUGUGAAUCGAGAAAAAUUUAUCAACUGUUCAAGCUCAAAAAUAUACGCAUAUUAAUAACUGUAGAUCUUCUCUAUCUGUUACUGAAAAAUGAUUACGUAUAGCAUUUGUUUAAGUUAUAGGGAAAUGAGAAAUGCACGAAGACUAUAAGCAAGAAAACAAAACAUGCUCACAUACAUGGUGCUAAAAUUAAAGUCGUUCUGCCGAUUGUAAAAAUUAUUGUAUAAUUACAUCUGUGGUUGACAGCCAAAAUAACGUAAGUCCACUUUUUGUGUUUUCGAGAAAAAACAGGUUCAAAUAAUGUUCAAUCGUAUAUGUAAGAGUGCCAGCGAACGAGAUGAGGUGCGAUACAAAACUGAUUUCCAUGCAGAGGUCACCAGGAUAUAAAAAAUAUGCUGAACACAAAAUCUAAAAACCGAUCUAUGUAGAUUUAUUUCUUAGGUGUAUCUUCAGGGUAACGUUACAGCAAUUUUCAACAUUUUUGCAUGAAAUGAGCCUAUUUGAAGUUGUGAAAUCUACAAUUAUCUCGAUUUUCGCGAAAAGUGGGUAUAUGUCAUUCUGGCUAUAUCAGCCACAGAAUAUAUUGCUGUAACUGCAAUAAUUUCUCAUAAUACCUAGGAGAUGAUGCAUGUACCAGGAACUUUAGCUUAGAAGAAGAACGAUUUCUGCAAGUAAAUUUCAAUUUUGACUGAGAUAAAAGUUUGCUAAAUUACCCCAAUUUUAAAUAGGAUUUUACUUGAAAAAAUGUUUAAAAAAACAAGAAAAAAAACAAAUUUUUAUGACAAUAACUAUAAGCAUACACACAUAAACAGUUAUACAAUUAUUAUAUAUUUAUUAUUAUUUUCAUUAUACACGAACAAUUAUAUAUUUAUUAUUAUUUAUAUUAUUUUUAUUAUACACGAACAAAAGCAAAAAGUUAUGGCAAAGCAUAGAAUUUUCUUUAUUUUAGAGGCAUAAUGUAAAUAACGUCGAUAAGAUUUUAUGCGCACAAAUAUGAUUAAAAUAGAAAAAUAUCAAUAUUAAAAAAAAAUAAAAAAAAAAGAAAAAAAUCAUAAUUAAUGUAUUUUUUGACGUGGGAAUGAAUUUAUUGCGCUGUUUUAAAAAAGGGGCAACGUGUUUCCAAAAGUGGAAAUAAAAAAACAAAGUAGAGCAGAUUCUGCAGAUUCUGUAAAAUUGUUUUCUCAUAUAUUAUCAGCUUGACAGUAAAAGAAGAUGAUUUUUUUAACCAUCUUAAAACACAUUUUAUUUAAAUUGCGAUGAACUGAUAAUUUUAUAACAAGAAAAAUAUUUGCUGAAACUAAACUACGUUUAUUCUCCAAACGGAAAUUAGAAAGUUGUUUAUAUUCCCUGAGCGUUGAAUUUUCUAUUUCCGACUCUGUCGCAAGUAUAAAGUAAAACUCACGCAGUGUCUUCGCUUCUAUACUCUCGCUCCUAGGUAAAUUGUUUUGAAAUAAAGGUUAAAAAAAUAUUUAAACACAAAAGGACAAAACAAAAUAAUCUCAUUUCAUACCUGUGAUGGUGUUACACUUUUAAAAUAAAAUUAAGAUUGAAAUAAGCGCCUACAAUGAUUGCAAAUGAGACAAUAAAAUGUAACGACGAAAAAACGUAAUUUGAUAAAACUAAAACACCCGAUAUUAAUAUGGAAGUAAUUUUGCAAAGCCUAUGCAAAACACCUUCUUCGAUCAGAGAGGCAAUAACAGAUAGAAAAAGAGAUUCAGGAAUAACCCAAUUAUACUUCUAAAUAUAUAUAAAUAUAUAUAUAUAUAUAUAUAUAUAUAUAUAUAUAUAUAUAUAUAUAUAUAUAUAUUACAGGACAAAAAAGUAUACUGCGGUCGCUCGAGCGCUUUUUUGCACGAUAUAAAGAGUCGAGCGACGUAUACACCUGAUGAUAAUGAAAAAUAUUUUAUAGAAGAAUGCGUCCAUCCAUCAAGUGAAUUUGUAUAAUAAGAAUUCCAAAAAAAGAGAAUAAAAUAUUGAAACAAGAAAGAAGUAUAAUAAUGCUAAAAUAUAAUAUAAAAUGUUGAAACCUUAGAGUCGGGAAGGGAAACAUAUUAUAUUCAAGCGAAAUUCUAAUAGCGAUUAAUCAUGCAGUCAAAAUUAUUAUUAUAUAUGCGAUGAAUGAAAUUUAAAAAACAAAGUGGCAGUAACAAAUCAAUAUAGCUUGAGCAUUAAUUAUAACAGUUAAAAAAAUGUACGCAUAUGUUUCCAACCAAUCACUUAUAGCUGCGAUUGAUAACAAGUAUUAUACAUACAUAUGGGGCAGGAGUCAGAUCGAGAAAAAGGUUGAUAUAAAUAUUAUAUAUACACUAUAUACAAAUAAUACAUAAACGCUAGAGAGGAUUAAUUAUAAUAUAUUGCGUAUAUAUAUAUGCGUAAAGGAUCAAACACUGUACAUAUUAUAUUGUUGUCAGUUGAAUGUUACAAUAAAUACACCGUACGUGAGGAA